CCCGAGCGCUGCCGCGGCGCGGCCGCAGGGAACGCGCGCGGGGCGACCCCGCGUCUCUGGCCUUGUAGCCAUUUUAGGAGGAAACCCGGGUCGCUAGCCCGGGGCGUGGCUUCAAUUUCAAUAACUUUAUUGGUGGCCUUAUCCGCAGAACAUCCAUCGCACCAUUGGUCCCGGGAGGAGGCAGAGCAUCGCGGGAGGUGGCCCCCGACUCGAGCUGCACCGCCAUGGGAAACACCACCAGCGACCGGGUGGCCGGGGAGCGCCACGGCGCCAAGGCUGCGCGCGCCGAGGGCGCCGGCGGCCAUGCCCCGGGCAAGGAACAUAAGAUCAUGGUGGGGAGCACCGAUGACCCCAGCGUCUUCAGCCUGCCGGAUUCCAAGCUCCCUGGGGACAAAGAGUUUGUAUCAUGGCAGCAGGAUUUGGAGGACUCCGUAAAGCCCACACAGCAGGCCCGGCCCACUGUUAUCCGCUGGUCUGAAGGAGGCAAGGAGGUCUUCAUCUCUGGGUCCUUCAACAAUUGGAGCACCAAGAUUCCACUGAUUAAGAGCCAUAAUGACUUUGUUGCCAUCCUGGACCUCCCUGAGGGAGAGCACCAGUACAAGUUCUUUGUGGAUGGACAAUGGGUUCAUGAUCCAUCAGAGCCUGUGGUUACCAGUCAGCUUGGCACAAUUAACAAUUUGAUCCAUGUCAAGAAAUCUGAUUUUGAGGUGUUUGAUGCUUUAAAGCUGGAUUCAAUGGAAAGCUCAGAGACAUCUUGUCGAGACCUUUCCAGCUCACCCCCAGGGCCUUAUGGUCAAGAAAUGUAUGUGUUUCGAUCAGAGGAGAGAUUCAAAUCCCCACCCAUCCUGCCUCCUCACCUUCUCCAAGUUAUUCUUAACAAGGACACUAAUAUAUCUUGUGAUCCAGCCUUGCUCCCCGAGCCCAAUCAUGUUAUGCUGAACCAUCUCUAUGCAUUGUCCAUUAAGGACAGUGUGAUGGUCCUUAGCGCAACCCAUCGCUACAAGAAGAAGUAUGUCACUACUCUGCUGUACAAGCCCAUCUGAAGGGAUUCCUUCCUGCCUCCCAGGAUUCAGGAGAAGCAUCUCCCUUGCCUUUCUGGACUAGACCAGUCUUACCUGGGACUGGAAGGCUGAUUUGCUUUGAGGCUAAUAUGUGUGUUUCAGAGCCUCUGAGUAGGAUGCUCUGCUUUUGCAUUUGAUUGCAAAUGAGAGCUUUAGGAGUUCAUGGAAUUUAUUUUAAGAAAAAAUCAUACACACACACACACACACACACACACACACACACGAGAGGAAAGUUAAUCGAAGCCUCCUAGCUAGAUGUAUUCUCUCUACCUGUGGGAACUCACCAAGAUCUGUUGGGGAGAGCUGCAGGAAGAACCAUGACAGGGAGCUUUUUUCCUAAAGUGAAUGAAGAGCAAACUCUCAGGAUCCUUGUUGGGUGGAGAUUCUAUCACUGCUACCUUGGCUCUCCAAGGGAUGGACUUGUGCCAGAGUGCUGCCCUACUUACAGCUGCCUCCUUGCAGAAGCAGCUUUUCUUGCAUGGGUUCUCUGUAUUCCCAGAGUAUGUGCACAAUCUGUUUUUUAUAUGAUACCAGGUAUCCCACAAGAACCCUUUUUCCUCUCAUUUCACAUUCUUGCUUUGUUAACCUCCUUCAGAUCCUAUAUCUGACUCUUGCCUAACACAAAACUCAGUGGGUAAGUGACCCCUUUCAAAGGCUGUGUGAAGGCUUCCCUGGUGGCACAGUGGUUGAGAGUCCGCCAGCCGAUGCAGGGGACACGGGUUCGUGCCCUGGUCCGGGAAGAUCCCACAUGCCACGGAGCGGCUGGGCCCGUGAGCCAUGGCCGCUGAGCCUGCGUGUCCCUCCGGAGGCAACGGGAGAGGCCACAACAGUGAGAGGCCCGCAUACCGCAAACAAACAAACAAACAAAAAAAAGGCUGUGUGAGACCUGACCCACCUUACAGACUAGGGCAGCCAGAAAGUCUCCUUUUUAAGCUCAGCACAGGCCCAUGACACUUUGUCACUACUUAUUUUAACUUCUACUGAAGAAAAUAUGGCUCAGCCUUAUAUGAAAGGCAGAAUGCAGGUCUACUUUUUUGUUUUGGUUUGGUGCCACAGUUUAGGCUGUAUUGGCACAUUCCCAUACUUUUUCCCACCUGGUUUGGCCCUGCUUCCAUGUUUUCUUUCACAGAGCAGAUAGCUUUGAAGGUGGGAGUAAAGCCAGGGAAAACUUUCAUGUGUUUCAUCCUUGGAAGAGUUUUAUGUGCCUACAUUUUUCUUUUAUCAGAAAAUGGCUUUUCGGGCUUCCCUGGUGGCACAGCGGUUGAGAGUCCGCCUGCCGAUUCAGGGGACACGGGUUCGUGCCCCAGUCUGGGAAGAUCCCACAUGCCGCGGAGCGGCUGGGCCCGUGAACCGUGGCCGCUGAGCCUGCGUGUCCGGAGCCUGUGCUCCGCAACGGGAGAGGCCACAACAGUGAGAGGCCCGCGUACCGCAAAAAUAAAAUAAAAUAAAAAUGCCUUUUCAUUGGUCUUAAGAGACUGCAUUUGGAGAACUUCAGGCUUAUGAUAAAUUGCCCCCAAUAUUUUCUUCUCUAGUCUGGCCCCCUACAGUCUUAGAUUAAUAAGGCUGACUCUGUGUACAUCAUUACAGUAAACAUUGCUCUAGAUACAGACCCAUUCAGGCUCAUUUUAUGCACCUAAAAGUGUCCCUCGACUUAAGGAUUCAAGAGGCAAGAAAUUACCUUUGGUGUUCCCAGCCAUGAAAAGUAUCCCUUUCAUGCACUAAAUGCUAACAGAGUUAUCUUGUUCUUCUGUAUCUUCCAGAAAAUGUUUGUUGAUGAAGUGGGGUCAGUGAUUUCCAUUUGUGGAGUAAAAAGUAUCUAUUCAAUCCACUCUUGAGAUUCAGAGAUAAGAUAUUUUUCCCCAAGUUUCUGUGGCUCUUCCAUUACAGAUAAAUGCAAGCCAAACAUUCAGUACUGAAGGAGGCUAAACUUGUUGCUGGAGAGGCUCCUUGACUGCUAAGAUGAGCCCAGCCCCACUGAAAGGGCACCCACAGGUAAAUUAGCUACCUCCUGUCUUUCCCACGUAAAGCUGAUGAUACAGUUGUCUUCCAGUAUGUAGAACUCUUAGAUCCUGUGUGUGAGGCAGUAGGGUGUGGGAUUGUUGUCGUGCCGGGAAUGUAAAUUGCUCAGUGCUUUGGUGGUUAAUUGCUGAGAGUAAAUACUGCUUUAGCCACUCGAGGCCACCAUCCGCCUCAAAAGGCUAUUGUGGAGAACGUUUUAUGGUUCCAAUCACUUUUAGAAUGGUGUGCCAUUUUAAAAAUCCAGGCCAAAUUCUGUUACUACCAACUCUCAGGAUCUACACUGUCUUCAGUUAUACUAGAAUUUUGUUUUUUCCAUUACCCAUUAAACAAGUGGGCCACUUAGGAGGAUUUAAAAUCUUGGUUGUCACCUAGAGGAUUUUGUUGUACUCAUAUGUCUUGUCAGCAGUAUUGACAUGUAAUUGUCUCUGUGUUCCUGUAUUAAAAUCUCUAUUCUGCACAGAUAAUUAGAGUGUGGCAGGAAAAGAGAUUCCUUCAGUUUCUCUCAGGCCAGAGGCUUCUGUGAAAUGGGUCUGUCUCCAGUGACAGUAGGUUUUGGUGCUGGUGACCUUCAGAUCCUUCUAAUCUGGAAAUGUGUAGAAAGUGUCACUUUUCCAAAUUCUGAGGUAAUCUUUCAGCCAGAUGUGAAACUGAAGCCUACCAGCUGGUAUGGAAAGGGAUCAGUAAGAGGAAUUGGAUGAUGACUCAUUCAGCCCUGUCCCUCCUCUGUACUGCUGAUUAACAUACCACGGCCUUGAGAAUUCCUAUCAUACUCUCAGUCUGUCCCCUAGAAACUGUUCUAGAAGGUUGCGAGGGAGGGAGGAAGGUACCCAAGAGUACAGUUCACUCAUUCUUUUAUAUUGGUUAAAGGGAUAGUUUAUUUUCUGCAGAAGAAUUUGACAGAUUUUGAAAAUGAAUAAAGGAAAAAAAAUUUUUUAGGGUUUUUUAAAUUUGUUUUGCCUAUAAGAGUUUCACAGUCAAAGAGUAAGAAUGUAAUUCUUAGGGAGGGCUGACUCUUGAACUGUAUCAUGGUUUAGGAGUUAUGGGAAAAAGAAAGAGUAACUGAGCUGAGGAGUGGUACUAGGAAAGUUAAGGCUUAAGUAACUCGGAACUAAAAAUAUCCUUUUUAAAAUUAAAUCAAACAUAUACUGGUGUCUUUGGAUCUCAUUGUACAGAAUUUACAGUAUAAAAAAUCUUUUUCUUGUUUCUAUUUUCUACACUUUCUCCUAUGUUGUGCUUUAACUUCAUGGGUCAGGCAGGCUUUACCAGGGUCUAAAGUCAAACAUUACCUAAAACAAAUGUUAGUCAUCUUGCUGGUAAGGAGAACUUCUGUGUUAUGGUUAUUAGCUUGUUUUAAGCUUAGAGUUGAAUGAGAUUUAAUCACUGUAGGCAAAACCCCUGAAGGUCAUACCUGGCCUCAACAGUGUUGGCUUUUUUUUAAAACAGUGCUUAUAUAUGGUAAAGAAGCUCUGUAAAAGAAGAAUCCAAGAGAGGUUUCUGACAGGAUCCUACAAACCCAGGCCCACUCACUUCACCCCAAUUAUUUCUAGUCUCGUAGACCUAAUGGAUCUGAGAUAAAAUCUUUGAAAAGUGUUGGUACUCCACAUAUGCUGCUAAAAUGAAGGUAAAUUCAGAAAGAAGUGUUACCUCUAGACUGGUCUUACAUUAAUCUGGGUAUAAAUGAAGGAGACACAUUAAUGAUAUAGAAUCCCCUGCUUUUAAUUGGGGAAGUAGAGCUUUUAAAUUUUUGACCUCAACUAAAAAUGAUAUGCAGUAGUCUAUGUUUGCGUAUGUUUGAAAUACAUUCUAUUCUCAGAGAUUUCUAAAUCCUCACGUUCUAGCGAUUUGGAGCCUAGGCUUAAGAGCAGAUACACAGUUGGUUCCUGCAUUAUUGUGACUCAUCCUUAAAGCCAAGUUGUUGCUGUCUUCUAGGAACUGCUGACUCUAGUUACCCAUGGGAUGGAGGACCUGGGAGGGAUAGGAGUUAGGGUCUUUUAAAACUCUAGAUCUAGGCAUUUGUCUCUCCUUAAGCACCAGUCACAACUGGAGGCUGAAGGGCUGUGAUUUCUGAAAUGAACUGAAACUUUUGGAGUAAAAAGGCCAAAUCUUUAAAAAGUAUAAGAAAACAGAAAGAAAAGGAAAGAAUUCCAAGAAUCUGUUACUUACGAAAUCCAAUUCUUCGCAGUGGAAUCCCUCCAGGAUUCAAAUUUGGGCUUUGUCUUGAUUUGCUUUACUCAGU